AUUCAACUAGUCGCGAGCAGUUAUACGUAUGAACGUGUUGCUUAACAGUCGAUAGCUUGUGCUGAGGUGUAUCGAAGUCACGCGUUAUGAAAAACGAGGACCUAACCAAAUAUUUCAUAAAUAUAUGAACUAAAAAGAUACCGAAAGAAAGAUGCAUUAUCAACCACCAAUAUCAACGAUAAGUACAGCGGCACCGCCGUCCUACUCGGAAGCAAUUACCCAACAGCCUCCUUCGAAAAAUAAUUUUCCUCUUCCUCCAUUUGGUACACACACUUAUGAAACACACGUACAACCAGGAAUAGGAGGACAGUAUCCAACGACAAGUAAUUAUCAAGGAUACAAUGUAUCUCAACCGCCAUACAAUCCUACGUAUAUGUCAAUGGAAACGAAUCCACCGCAAGCGUGUAUUGUGACCAAUACAGUUGUACAUCGUAAAAAUAGAAAUGGUAAGUGAAAUUUAUGUAUCAAAGUAAAUAAUCAAAUUUCAUUUUUUACCAGUGGCUUGUUCCUCUUGCGUGAAGAUACUUUUAUUUUCAAUAAUAAUAGUCAGCAUCACGAGUUACUUGUUGAAAGUGAUUAUCGCAAGUAUAAUGAAUUGAAUGCAUUUACUCCAAGGACCACACAAUUGGAAUUAAAAUGACAAUGGACAAUCAAAUAAGUUCAGUAUUAAACAAUGCACUUUUAUGAGUAAGUAACUCCAUAAAGUUGCAUUUAAUCAUCAUUUUAAUUUCUCAUAUUCGCAGUUCUAGAUAAUCAUAGUUUCCUUCUUUUUUUUUUUCUAUACGAUAAAAAUUAUGUAUGUAUGAUAUAUAAUUUUUAAUUAACUUA